UGUGGUGCGCUCCGACACCAGAGGUCCGCUUUAAUACCAGAGAAAGAGGAGGAGAGGCCGGUCGACUCUUUUACACUGCUCAGAGAGAGUGAGGGAGACUGCAGUCCACUCCUCCGUCCCGGACACUCGGCAUCGAGCAUCCAUGUGCCAAACGGACUUUUGGAUUCAGAGCGCAGAGAGUCUACUCCUGGAAAAGCUUCACUGACUGACUCAUCGGCAGGGAGCCGUUUUGAAAUCAUCCAGCUCUUCUGAAUCAGCUGUUUAUCUCUCUGAAAUAACCUCUGACACUUUGGUUUGGACUCUUCUGACUGCCGGAGUGGAGUGACAUCCAUUUUCAGACCUCACAAACCACCCGCUCCUCCUCUCAGGGUCCCUCCAUCUGCAGGAUUUGGGACUGAUUUGAUCUUUUAAAUGUCUUCGUUUCAUCCGCGGACUCCUGUUUUCCGCACAUGACAUGAGCAGCCCCGCUGUCUGCUGCCUGUCGGCGCGUCUUUGUCAUUGUAAUGUCGGUGUAAUCUCCGCGCGUCUGGCUGAUCGUCGCUUUGCAUUUCAGCGCAAACUGACAAACUGAGGAGGGUUUCUCUCCCGGCUGGAAUAAAGACGAGGAGUCUGCGGAAGAAACGUGGAUCUGUUUCGCUUCAUCCUGUCUUCCUUUGGAUUGAUUUUAUUUAUUUAUUCCUCCGCAUUUAUCAAACUCUGUUGCGUUUUCCUGGAGCAAACCCGAGGAUGUUGCUCCGCUGCUCGAACCCUCCCUCCUGGUCCACCUGUAGGUUUUUCUUCUGCUUUUUGUUGCUGCUCCAAACGCCCGGGUCCUCCUCUCCGCUAAUUACAGGUACCGAGGCCAGCUGUGAGAAUGAAGGAGAGGUCCUCCACAUCCCCAACAUCACCGACAACCCCUGCAUCACCUGCGUAUGUCUGUUAGGAAGAAAAAGCACUGAGGAGGAGAAAUGUCCUGUGGUCAGUCGAUCCUGUGGGUGGUUAAUCCCACAAACUGGAGCCUGCUGUGAGAGGUGUAAAGGUUGCAUGUUGGAUGGACGAUCUUAUAACAGCUCAGUAUCCUGGACCAGCUCCACCAAACCCUGCAUAACCAGACGCUGUCAGGAAGGAGUCAUCACGGAGGCGGAGGUACAGUGUGUCGUCCACUGCAAGAACCCCAAAAUCCACCCCAAGAAGUGUUGCCCCACCUGCCCCAGUUGCAUCUUUGAGGGUCGCCUGUACAAAGAGAAGGAGGAGUUCAGUCCAGAGGGCAAACCCUGCAUCAAGUGCACAUGUACUGGAGGGCGGACUCUCUGCAUGAAGGAGGUGUGUCCUGUCCUUUCCUGCCCCGCCCACCUCAGCCACACCCCGCCUGGACAUUGCUGUCCCAGAUGUCUCGGUCAAAGGAAGGUGUUCGAUCUGUCUUUAGGAAGCUGUCUGUUUCACAGUGAAGUUUACGAGAACGGCACUUGCUUCCUACACGACAACUGCACCACCUGCACCUGCAAGGAUUCCACGGUGGUGUGCAAUAGGCGGUGCUCGCGGCCAGGGAGUUGCCACGGCGACGAGUGCUGCGAGGAGUGUCUCUCCUACGUGAAGGUGGAGGAAGUGAAGUACUGCAGAGUCCGGAACAAGAUCUACAGGGAAGGAGACAUGUGGUCGUCCGUUAACUGCACUCUCUGUGCCUGCGUUAAAGGAAGCAUCGAGUGUCGGCCCAAACAGUGUGUACCAAUCACCAGCUGCCCCUCGAAUAAGAUCCUGAACAGGACCGGCUGCUGUCCAGUUUGCACUGAAAAACCGGGUGUAUGCACAGUCUUUGGCGACCCUCACUACAACACCUUCGAUGGCAGGACCUUUAACUUUCAGGGAACCUGUCAGUACAUACUGACUCGUGAUUGUGGCAGCACCCCCUCUGGAGGACCAGGAAAUAACAUCAACAUCAACAGCCCAGACUCCAGCUUCCUGGUGUUAGUGAAGAACGACGCCCGGCGGACUCGAUCCUUCUCCUGGACUCAGUCUGUAGAGAUUAGGCUGGGAGGUUUGAUCCUCAGUCUCCACCAGCACCUGACAGUCCGGAGGAACGGCACCCGCAUCGCCCUGCCCUACCACGGCCCCGGGGUGCACAUCGACCUGGACGGAUACCUGCUCAAACUGACCACCAUCGCAGGUCUGGAGAUCACGUGGGACGGCGACAGUUUCGUGGAGGUUGUGGCAGCUCCCCACCUGCGUGGACGGCUCUGCGGCCUUUGCGGCAACUACAACGGCCACAAGCGCGACGACACCAUGGGAGGUGAUGGCCAGUUCAAGUUCGACGUGGAUGAGUUUGCAGAGUCGUGGCGAGUCGAGGGGAACGAGGUUUGCUCGCAGCAGCCUCCGCCUCGCCGGCCGGCGUCCUUCCUUUGCCCCGGCAGCGUUAAAGUCAAGUUCCGCGCUCACAGGGAGUGCCAGAAGAUAAAGUCGUGGGAGUUUCAGAAGUGCCACCGUGUGGUUGACUUCGCGCCUUUCUACAGGUCGUGUGUGACGGACAUGUGUGAGUGUCCAGUCCAUAAAAACUGCUACUGUGAGUCCUUCAUCGCCUACAGCCGAGCCUGCGAGAGGGAGGGGGUACCGGUCCUCUGGAGGCCCGACACCGCCUGUAUGGCCACCCAGUGCAAACACGGCGCUGUGUACGACACAUGCGGACCAGGCUGCACCAAAACCUGCGACAACUGGAACGAGAUCAGACCGUGCCACAAGCCCUGCGUGGCCGGCUGCCACUGCCCCGCCAACCUGGUGCUGUUCCAGGGACGUUGCAUCAAACCCAUAGCCUGCCCUGGACGGUGACCCUUGUGACCCAGGUGGGAGGGAGGGGACGGGGCUAGGUUAGGGUCAUUUAUAGUAAAAUAAUUAGGGGGCCAAACAAGCCGAGAAGAGUUUGGGAGGACGCAAAAGUCGACAGAUCAGAUGCAACAAGGUACUCAGGGUCCAUAUCUUCACAAAGAAGCGUUGCAGUGACUUGGACGUUAGCGAUACAAGCUACGGUGACGGACCAGAGGGACACUUGCUGGAUGGGAGGCUGAAACUCGCCACCACAUUCAGCUUCUUCCUUGUGCCUCUUGUAAUACCAUGUACUGUCACAAUACCAGUCACCACCACCAGAGGUGCUAUUUCCAGUCUUGUAGAGGAAGAACUGAACUCCCAAGAGAAAACUCAGGAGCCCCACUCUCUGAGACAUCACUGUCUCCACCACCUGAGGAACGUUUGUCCACGCCUUGGACCCUCAGGAAACAAUUUGGCCCAGUGGACUCUUGUCUGAGCCAACAUGGCGCCUAAAUUUCUCUCACAAACACUCUAAAGUGGGAAACUGAGCAUUUGCAUAUGGAAUAAGGAGAUUCAAAGUGGAGGAACUCUCUGAUGCAUCAUAUCAAACAGCCCUUGUGAUCUCUAUUCCAUCAUUUCAUACUGUAAGCUAGCCAGAUUUAUAUGAGAGACAGACAGCUUUUAUAUUAUUAUUGUUCUAAUUAUUAUUAAUAUUAUUAUUAUUAUUUGUUGUUGAUGUUGUUUAAUUUAUAUAUCGGUCAAAUGACAUGUCGUAGCAAGAGCCAGAAUCAUGAAUAUAAUUGCGUUAUAAAUGAUUUAAAGGGAAACAAAAGCUAUUUAUGUAUUUGUUGUGUACUUUUGUGUUACUGUUUGAAGAGAAAUGCCCAAAUGUGACUCAGUUGUUGCACCAUCGCAGGGAAAAAGUACUGUAUUGUGUUGUGCUCCGUGUACAGGUUGUUGUGGUUCGUAUCAAACUGAAGGUGUUCAUCAAAGCAUAUGUUUCACUUGACGAUAAUUAUUUAAGACCAGCAAUAUAAUCUUUUAUCGAAGUUCAUUUCUGACUGCUGUCUUUACUUUCCUAAAUGUUAAAACCUGUGAAACACUUU